AUGCUGCUGCGGUCAAUUAAAAGUCAACCAAAACUCAAUUUUCUUGAUACUGUAGCUAAGGAAUCAGAUACAAAAUCUUUAGCUAGCGAUUUGUCAUCUGCUAUUCCUCACUGGCAAAGAAGUACAGUUGCAUUUAAUAAAAUGAAAGGAUUCAGCGAUAAUGAACACGCAAGAUGAGUCAAUAUCGCUAAAAUCAUGGAAGAAAAAGAUGAAGAAGAGAUAGUUGAGCUUCCCAAAUCGAUGGUAGAAGCAUUCCAGCAAAAAUUAUCAAAAGGCUUUGAAAAUGAAGAUAUCCCUUUAUCUCCUAUAAGUGAAAAGAAAAAGAAACGCAGACCUAAAUCCAGUAAUGUCCAUUGUGAUGCUUUCAAGAGACUUUAUGUGUCCCCUUCUCCUUUCAAAUCGCCAAAAGAAAUGAGAAAGUGAUAUAUCACAGAUAAAGGAAUGAAAAGGUUCCAUUCAGUCAUAAACUUCAGGAUACCAAGAGAAACAUUAUACUAUGUUGAUAAGCUUGUUAGAGAAAAGAUUAGGCAAGAGCAGCUCAAAUUGACAGAUUUUAAGGAAGAAAUAGAUCCAAAUCUAUUACAUAAGAAUACAUUUUCUCCAAAAGCAAGAGAUAAUGAUAAAAUGUUAAGAGAGACUCGAGAGAUGUUGAAUUUCAUGACUCCUAUCAAGAAGUCCCAAGAUCGUAAGAAGAAUCCAUUGUCUCCUCCUUGCACAAUGAAGAAUCACGCAUACCGGCCUCUUUUCCCUUGGGAUCAAGAAGCAUAUACAAAGAUCAGGUCUAAAGUUAUGUCAAAAAUCUGAAAUUUCGACUUCAAGUACGACACAACUCUGAGUCUGCCUUCAGGCCUCAAGAACAAAAGCCAAGGGAUGUUCUCAUACCAAGUAAUGACCAAGGCUCUUAAGGACUUCGAAGAGUAUGAACAGAGGUUCUGUAGGAUGAAGCAGUGGGAACGGAACAAGGAAAUAGAGCAGAAGAAACACAGAAGAGUUUCAAAAGAGAAACUCAAGAUUGAGAAGGAGAGUAAGAAACAGAAAUUAGAGAAUGCAACUAAAGCAUUCGAUGAUUGGCUCCAGAAAAGUAUGAAGCAACAAGCUAAAGAGAAUAGAGAGAGGAGUUUAAAAAGAAAACAACAGAAGAGAGAGAAUAGAGCUAAAUAAAGAAGAAGCAAAGAGGAAUAAGGCAAUGUCAGAGAUUGCGUUUAAACAAUGGUGAGUCAAAAAAAAGGUGGAGAUUAGGAAACAAAAAUAAACAACGCAAGGAAAAAUCACGAACUUUUGAGAGCCAAGAAAGAAUCUUCAGGCAAAAAAAUAUUAAUCUAAUGAGAAACAAAGCAAAGUGGUCGAGACCUUCUCAACCUCGUAAAAGAAGUAGAAAGAAAAGUGCUUCUAAAGGACUAGCUUUAGAAGUAAAGAAAGAUAAUUAAAAUUUUCGAAUAUCUAUUAUUCAAUUCAA